AAGCCCUGCAUUGUCUGCAUUGCUCUAUUUCACGCCACACCAUCUGAUUUAAUUUCUCACACAGCCUUCAAUUACAAACGUCCGUUGUAGUUUGGUUCAGAAUUCGCCAUGGAAGACGACUUCGAGUUCCCUGCUGCCACCAACAACCUCAACGACGCUGACAUGGACCUUCCCGAUGUGGAGGACGACGCAAUUAGCCCAAGCCCCAAGGUUGGUGAAGAAAAGGAGAUUGGUAAGAAUGGCCUGAAGAAGAAGCUUGUUAAAGAAGGUGAAGGAUGGGACACUCCGGGCUCAGGCGACGAAGUUGAAGUUCAUUACACUGGGACUUUGGUUGAUGGAACCAAAUUCGAUUCGAGCCGUGAUCGAGGGACACCUUUCAAGUUCAAUCUCGGACAAGGACAAGUGAUCAAGGGAUGGGAUGAAGGAAUUAAAACCAUGAAGAAGGGUGAAAAUGCCAUCUUCACCAUACCACCUGAGUUGGCUUAUGGCGAGUCUGGAUCCCCUCCUACUAUUCCUCCCAAUGCCACACUUCAGUUUGAUGUGGAGUUGCUUUCCUGGACGAGUGUCAGGGACAUAUUGAAGGAUGGGGGAGUUAUUAAGAAAAUUCUCACAGAAGGAGAGAAAUGGGAGAAUCCAAAAGACCUAGAUGAAGUGUUUGUUAAGUAUGAAGCUCGGCUUGAAGAUGGGACCCUUGUUUCAAAAUCUGACGGGGUGGAGUUUACUGUCCAAGAUGGCUUUUUCUGUCCUGCCUUAGCAAUAGCUGUGAAGACAAUGAAGAAAGGCGAAAAGGUCCUUUUGAAUGUAAAGCCACAAUAUGGAUUUGGUGAGGUGGGCAGACCGGCUGUAGGAGAUGAAGGUGCAGUACCUCCCAAUGCAUCCCUUGAGAUUACACUUGAGUUGGUCUCCUGGAAAACAGUUUCUGAUGUUACCAAGGACAAGAAAGUCCUGAAAAAGACCUUAAAGGAGGGAGAGGGGUAUGAGCGCCCAAAUGAUGGGUCAGUAGUUCAAGUUAAACUUGUCGGGAAGUUGCAUGACGGCACAAUCUUCACAAAGAAGGGCCAUGAUGAUGAACCAUUUGAAUUCAGGAUAGAUGAAGAGCAAGUGAUUGAUGGACUUGAUAGAGCUGUGAAGAACAUGAAGAAAGGGGAAGUUGCUCUGGUGACCAUUCAACCAGAAUAUGCUUUUGGGUCAUCUGAAUCUGCACAAGAUUUGGCUGUUGUUCCAGCAAAUUCAACUGUGUAUUAUGAGGUGGAGCUGCUCUCCUUUGUCAAAGAGAAAGAAUCUUGGGACUUGAACACACAGGAGAAGAUAGAAGCGGCUGGGAAGAAGAAGGUAGAAGGCAAUGUGUUAUUUAAGGCUGGUAAAUACGAAAGGGCCUCAAAGAGAUAUGAAAAGGCUGUGAAGUUUAUUGAAUAUGACUCUGCUUUCAGUGAUGAGGAGAAGCAGCAAUCAAAGAUGCUGAAAAUCACUUGCAAUCUGAAUGAUGCGGCAUGCAAGCUCAAACUUAAAGACUACAAGCAGGCCGAGAAGCUCUGUACAAAGGUUUUGGAACUUGACAGUCGGAAUGUGAAGGCCUUGUAUAGAAGGGCACAAGCAUAUAUCCAACUUGUUGAUUUGGACUUAGCAGAGCUGGAUAUCAAAAAGGCCCUUGAGAUAGACCCAGACAACAGGGAUGUGAAACAGGAAUACAAGGUUUUGAAGGAGAAAGUAAGAGAGUACAACAAGAAGGAUGCACAGUUUUACGGUGCUAUAUUCGCGAAAAUGAACAAAUUUGAGCAAGUGAAAUCAGCUAGUGGAGGAGCCAAACAGGACACGGUGCCAAUGACCAUUGACAGCAAGGCAUAAACAUAACCCUUCCCCGUCUUUUCUAUCAUGUAAUUGAGACAAACUUGAGGUUGUGGCUUUUUGAAAAUUAAUAAUGCAAACCUCAGAUUUCUUGUACAACGAACGCAUACUUUUAUUUAAUAACAUAAGAUGAUCGCUUGUAAGACAGUUUGUUCAAUUUU